UGCGCCUCGUCACGCCCACUCCCUGGGCUUUGAAUGAUCAGGAAAGGAGGUGUGAAACAGAAACCCUGGAGCGUUACAACAGACUACUGACGUGAUCGAGGAGGAAUGGGCUGCACUAGUUUUUCCAAAUAAUCAUCGCGGUCAUGCAUUACUGUUGCUGGUUGCAUAGGGGUGACGGGCUGUGUGUGUUUGGACGUGGGGAGUAGGAGACAACCUGUGAAAUGGCUCCACGUGCUUCAGUCCCGACGCUGUGGCUGCUGAUCGUCAUAAUGGUCUUGUCCGCGAGAGCGCUUGAGAUGAUUGGCAGAGACGAACCUGACCUCACCUGCAGCGAGGGUUUAACCGACUGCAACGUGAGCUCAGACUCUUUAUUUGCUGCUGCCCCACCUGAUCCUGACGAUACAACAAAUGUUACUCAUGUGCAGCCUGAAGUAUUUCUGUGCUGUCCUUCUGUACGAGACUGUAAACCCUGCCUGCAAAUCAUCAUCACAGUCCAAAUUGCAGAGGAUGAUAACACAAAGGAGUUUUCUGGGGCAUCUGGUCAAACUGAUGAAGACGUCUUGAACACAGGUCAGUUUGUGGAUCCAGAGCCAAGAGCUUCAGUUAAAGUGUGUCACAGCUCCCCAGGAUCUCAUGAGUUUUGCAAGACACUUGAGUUUACACCAAAAUAUUCUAGUUCAGACCAAGCAUCAGAGCAGCACACACUCAAGCUGCUGCUGAAAAACAACGUGACGUUUGGCAGUCUUGUUGUUGUCAAUGCAUUUUCAUACCUCAAGGGAAUAGUCCGCAUUCAAAAGAUUACGAUCCCAUCUCUUGAACAAGUUUGCUCCACGAAACUCGAGUGGGCUGUCAAGGACUGUAAUGCUCCCAGAAUCCGAGCAGAGAUUGAUUUUAAGAGGAAUGAGUUCCUUCUUCGACUUGAAGAUAACACCAAUGGCUCACAAGAUCAGGUCAUGUUUCACAUGGUUUUGAAUAACGUAUCUGGAGAGGAUCUUGAAUGGCCUGCAGAUAAGAGAGCAGUUGCCAUUCCCUCACACUUUGUCGCACCAUGCCUGUGCUUUGAGGUAUGGUGGAAGGGGAAAGAGCUCCGAAGAGAAUUAUGUCCUUUCAGAGACAAACAAGAUGCCCUGGAGAAAAUGCAGCAGAAUGUGUCACUGUCUAUGGUUGAGUCUCAGAUGAGGGAAGGUGGCACGGGGCAGAGCUGGAAUGUGACUGCCCCCUGCAGGCUAGAAGGAGAGGUGUGGUUGUGCAAGAAGGACCCAGCAGGAGACCGGUGCAAGGAAGUUAAGGGAUUCAGACAGAGACUGCAAAACCAUGAACAUGCAGGCUGGAGGGCAACUCGCAAGGAACACUGGAAAACAGGAGAGUUCAACCUAUCGUCACAUCCUCUGCUUUGCAUUCAGUUAAAGAUCCAUGGGAUGAAGUCAUACUUUGAGCCCCAUUGUCCCUUUACAAAGUCUCGAUGGAGAUGGAGCCUACCACUUUUUGUUGCAUUGUUACUUAUUUGUGUCACCAUGCUAGGAGCCUAUUUCAUACAAGGGGUCUUAAGAGGCUACAUGUGGAGGUGGUUGAAAGAAGAGGAUGUGAAAGGCGCUGUGGGUGGUGGUCACGUGGUGUUGCUGUACUCACCGGAUGACAACCAAGCUUUGCCAGAGCUGAUGAGUCACCUGGGCUCGUCCCUCCAGACCCUGGGCUUCAGCGUGUCUUUGGACAUGUGGAGUCAGACUGAGCUUGGUGCAUUGGGUCCUGUGCCCUGGCUUCACUCAAGGCUUGACCGACUGAAAAGGCAGGGGGGAAAAGUGGUCCUGGUCCUCACACAGACAGCCUGGAUCAGGGCUGAGGAAUGGGGAGCUCGUAGUUGGGAGAAAAAAACUCCCGUGAACAGUGAAAUGAAAGAGGAGGAAGAACGACACAACACCACUUCCUCUCACUGUGUAGAUGUCUUUACUGCAUCUCUGAGCUGUAUUCUGGCAGACUAUUUACAGGGCCAUGCUGGUGAGCGGUUCAUGUUGGUGCAGUUUGAAUCACUUCCUCCUGAGCCCCCAGGUGGGUUCAGGCCACUUCCAGAACUUUUCCGUGGUCUUCACCUCUACAGCCUCCCCUCUCAGAGCCUGGGGUUUCUGACUGAAGUGGCAGGGUCUCGGCCAAUGGCUACAGCAUCAGCAAGACGUAGAAGGGCAGGGGGUCUCAGGAUGGCCUCCCGAGCGCUGGCACAAAGGUUGUCAGGGUUCACAGCAGGGACUUCUAUGUUACCUCUGGCAGGAGUGUCUCAGGGUUGUGUUGGAGUUGGGAUUGGAGACUCUGCAGAGACAGUACCUUUGAAACCAUGUCUCAUUACACCUCCCUACAGUCCUGACUCGAGCCAGAAAGGCAGUAAAACAGAUUGGGUCUGACAGCAAGACAGGAUGGCUCACUUUGCUGGACUUGAAGAGCCAGUAAUGAGUUUAGAAUAUUUUAGAUAACUCAAUAUCAUCUUGUAGCCAACGAUCUGGGUCCAAGGGCUGUUUUCUAUUUUUUUUUUAUAUUUCAGGAAAGAAGAAAAAGUAUGUUGUUUUUAAAAUAAAAGUAAGCUGGCUUGUUACAGCUGGAGCUCUAGGAAACAAACCCGCACAUUAAAACCACACACUACUUCAAAAACUUAAUUCAAGGAAUGACACGGUUAGAUAAACAAGUUGGUUACCUUGGUUGUCUCCACUCCUUUGACCAAACACUAUUAUUUAAGAUGUUUUAAGUUUAUAAAACUAUCAAUUUUUUAUUAGACAAAAUUACUAAAGUUUGAAAAAGAGCAUGCAGAUGCUUUGUAUUAAAUUAAUCCUUCUGUUACAAGCUGUCUUCGUAGUAUUCCCUUUUUUAAAUAUGAUCAUAAUAACAUUAUUUUAUUCAUUAUAACAAUAGAUAAUAACUGUAUUCUCCGUUUUUACUGAAGUACUUUAUAUUCUUAUUUGUGUUUGCGAUUAUGUUUUUACACAUUUAAUACCUCAUCUUGAAAUACGUAUGUUGUCAUGUUUUUCUCAUGUAUGCUGGGUGUUUAUUUUCUGCAUUUAAAUUUUGUGUUUUAUGAAAUAUAACCUACUUUAAAAAAAUGUAGUCUUUGACUUUGGAAUAGACUUUGAAAAGUAAAAAUGAAUCUAAACACAAAACCAUCCAUUUUUGUUUUGUAUUAUAGGUUGUUCAAAUCCUUUCUAAAUUCAUUUGAACUGCUUAUUACAGUCAAUUAAAGUUACAAAUGCUAAUUGUUAAAUGUCCUAGUACAAGAUCUGUACAUGUCUCUACACUAAAAAUGAUAUUAGCUGAACAAUUAGUUGUUUUGACAUAUAAUAUCUAGACUGGGUAUAGAUUAAAUACAGAGGGUACGGUAAGUAUUCAGACCCCUUCACUUUUUCUGCAUUUUGUUAUGUUACAGCCUUGUUCCAAAAUUGAUUAAAUUAUUUUUUUCCCUCAACAUUCCCCCUCGCAAUACUCCAUAAUGACAAAGUGUUCAGGUUCAGUUUUACAGGGGCACUGGCCCCUGUUGACCCCUCCCCAGAUGCUUCAGUUUGUAGAUGCUUUGAUUGAUGACUUUUGUUCUGAAACUCAUGAUGUGUUGUUUGUCUGUAACGUUUCUGAAAUGUGCUGCUGCUGAUCUUGGCCAGGACACACUUGAAAAAUGUAUUUUUAAUCUCAAUGUGGUUUUCUCCUGGUU